AACUUGGAUAAUGCAGAAAAUUCAUCAAUGUUGACGAUCUUGGAAAGAAUAUUCACGAGCAUCAUGGCCAAUGGAAACAAUUUAAUAAGAAUCAACGAUGCCUCCAUCAGAAACUAACCAAAUGGGAUGGCCUAAUUAAAGCAACCGUGUUAAACAACAAAAGGAGUGAGGCCAUGCCAUGGCGGGCGAAGAAGAGGAGGACAUUGUCUACUUGCUGGGAAACAAACAAGGCAGCGAUGUUGUCCUCCACUUACUCUCGAAGCACUACAACGCUGACGACCCAGAGAUCCCCGCUUCGGAACUUUGCAUAGGCCUCCACUCAGAAAUUGUUCAAGAGAAAUCGGAGUAUUUUCGAGUCAGCCUUUCAGACAGAUGGGCAGCAAACAACCCGGGUUCGAGCCCAACCAAAACAAUUCUUCGUAUAGAAGACUGUCAGGAAGACAUGGCCGCGUGGCAAGAAUGCCUGCGCCUCAUGUACUCCGAUACCCUUGCUUUAAAAACUUUCGGCAGCGUGCGCGAAGCCCUGAAUAUUUUGGCGGUCUCGGCAAGGUUAGUGUUUACUGACUGCACGGAAGCCUGCUUGAAAUACCUGACGAAUGUGGCGUGGAGCACUCACGAAGAACGCGAGAUAAGGGACAUCCUCGAAACCCUAGACAUUCCCGCCCCCUCUGAUUUACAGGAGAGGCUUAGUUCGUCUGAAACACAGGAGGAGAUUGAAAGUAGCCUAAAACAGGCGCUAUUAAUUGUUCUAUCUUCGUCUCAUAGUUCACUCGAGAGCUUUCUGAUAUUGAAAUCAGCAAUCGACUCAAUGCAGCCUGGCAAGAGGGUUUAUUUGCUCAAUGACCCUGUAAUAAUAUCGGCCUGGAGGGAUGCUUUGGUGAAUUGUUUGAAGGUUAUCGAGUCUAUAUUGCAGGGGCUUAAUCAGAGAUUUUUUAGCUCUAAGGUUAGACAAGUUUAUGCGAUAGAGGAGGUUACCCAUUGGAUUUUGGACAAGGGACUGAGGUUUCAGGCUGGGGAUCCCCUACUUAAGGUUUUGGCAGGUGCAAAGGGCUUGGUGCAGAUGACCAUCGAGGUCUCCAACUGGGUGGACAUUGGGAUGGUGUUUGAGAUGUUGAAGAGGAUUUUUGUGAUAAUUGGGAAUGGAGAGGCAGUGUGCUCGAGAUUAGGAAGGCAGGGAAUGCUUUUUACAUGGAUUCCUAUUGUGGUGGAUUAUUGUCCGCAUACUAUGGUGGAAGAUCUAGAUAAGUCCUUGGCCAGGGCCUUAGCUACUCUUCCCAGGAAGGAUCAGAAUCCUUUGUUUGAGCUUUUUCUGCGGCAUGUUGGCAAGGCACCGGUGGGCUCUCCACAUAUACGAUGGAGCAGAACUUCCAAGGAGUUCUUGGUCUGGUUCAACAAAGGAGUCCUAAAUAUAAAAAUUUGAGGAUACUGUAACUGUAAAGUUGUAAGGUGAUUGAGUUCCUGGCUUGGAUUGAGAAGGGAUUCCUAUGUCAAAACAUGGUAGUUUGGCUUUGUUCAAGUUUUUCAGCACAAGAUACUUCUAGAUGCUUCCUUCAACAGGUCUGAAUUUAACAUGUACCUUAUACAACAAUUUUUUUCUCUGGUUUUGUAAUAGAUAGUAAAGAUGCAAGAUGCAGUGCAACUGCGUAGCCAAAGUGAUGCAAGCUUCUUUUUCUUGGUAUGAUGCCAACUUGGAACCUCAUUGGUGCCAUGAAUAUUUUAUGAUUGAGCAGAUAAGAAUGUCACCCUUUGGGUCCAGAAGAAGAUCCUCAAUAAGAUAUAUAUCAGAUCAUUUAGGAUCCAAUAAAUUUGUGCGAAUUGCAAUAUCAAUGGGCAAAAAAAAUUGAACUUAGGUUCAGCUUAUGAGAAAUUCUGGAUUCUUGUAGCAAAUGUAUGUAAAUAGUGCAAUAACAAUAAUGGACACCCUGCCCAAGGCUGGUUUUUUUGUUAAGGAAGCGUAUCAAUGACUAACAAGCCUCAUUUUCAUGUUUUA